GCGCCCAUGCCAGCCCGUUACAAUGUUACAGGGACAGUUUGAUCUAAAUGGGAUGUACAAGACUGGAGAUGUGAUUCUAGGGGGGCUGUUUCAAAUCCACUUCUUUUCAAGUGUUGCUAUUCAGUCUUUUACUUCACAACCACAACAGCCUACUUGCAGUGGUGUUUAUGCCCUAGGAUUUAAGCUCGCACAAACCAUGGCCUUUGCUAUUGAUGAAAUCAACAGAAACUCAAACCUGCUAUCAAAUGUGACCCUGGGAUAUACUCUGUAUGAUAGCUGCCAAGAACUUGGAAUUGGAUUCCGUGCAGCAUUGUCAUUAGCCAAUAGUCAAGAAGAGAAAAUUAUAUUAAAUGGUACAUGUUCUGGAAAUCCUCCAGUCAUAGGGAUUGUGGGUGAUCCGUCCUCUACACCUUCAAUUGCCAUCUCCAACGUCUUAGGUUUGUACAGAGUACCUAUGGUGAGUUAUUUUGCCACAUGUUCCUGCCUGAGUGACCAUCAAAAGUAUCCAUCCUUCUUUAGGACAAUCCCAAGUGAUGCUUUCCAGGUACGUGCUAUGAUCCAGAUUCUAAAACACUUUGGCUGGACUUGGGUAGGUCUGCUUGUCACUGAUGAUGAUUAUGGACUUCAUGCAGCAAGAUCCUUUCAGUCUGAGCUGAAUCUUUCGGGUGAAGCUUGCCUGGCCUACACUGAGGUUUUGCCCUGGAACAAAGACACAGAUGAACUCAGGAGGAUCGUUGCUGUGAUGAAAAAAUCCACAGCUCGAGUUGUCAUUGUCUUUGAACAUUACAGUCGCGUGAUAAAUCUUAUGGAAGAGGUGAACCAGUUUUGGGAAUUUGCAUUUCAGUGCAGGUUUGCUCCAGCUCCAGCAGGCUGGCUGGAAGGUGGAGGUGCAUUAUGCACUGGAGAGGAAAAUCUUGAAAAUGUGGACAAUGAGUUUUUGGACGUUUCCAACCUGCGGCCUGAGUAUAAUGUGUACAAAGCUGUAUAUGCACUGGCAUAUUCCCUUGAUGACAUGCUGCGGUGCAAGCCAGGAAGAGGGCCUUUCAGUGGGAACAGCUGUGCCACUUUGCAGUCACUGGAGCCUUGGCAGCUUCUUUAUUACUUGGAAAGAGUGAACUUCACCGCCCCAUUUGGUGAUCAAGUGUCAUUUGAUGAGAAUGGUGAUGUGGAGCCAAUUUAUGAUGUGAUGAACUGGUUGUGGCUACCUGAUGGAAGCACUAAAGUUCAAAGUGUGGGUGAGGUUAAGGGGUCAGGUGAAGGUGAAGAACUCAUACUUGAUGAAAACAGAAUCUUCUGGAACUUUGAAUCGAAAAAGCCACCUCGAUCAGUAUGUAGUGAGAGUUGUCCUCCUGGUACCCACAUGGUGAGAGAGAAGGGGAAACCCCAAUGCUGUUUUGACUGCAUUCCUUGUUCUGAAGGAAAAAUCACUAAUAAGAGCAACUCCUUGGAGUGCACCAGUUGUCCAGAGGAUUUUUGGUCAAACCCCCAGCGUGACCACUGUGUUCCUAAGAAGACAGAGUUCCUCUCCUAUCAUGACCCUUUGGGCAUUUGUUUGACAGCAACCUCCUUACUGGGCACAUUUGUAUGUGCUGUUGUUCUAGGGAUCUUUAUCUACCAUCGCAGAACACCCAUAGUGCGUGCCAACAAUUCAGAACUUAGUUUCCAGCUAUUACUGUCACUUAAGUUAUGUUUUCUUUGUUCGUUGCUGUUUAUCGGACGACCCAGGCUGUGGACAUGCCAACUCAGACACGCAGCAUUUGGGAUCAGCUUUGUGCUUUGUGUCUCAUGCAUCUUAGUAAAAACCAUGGUUGUUCUGGCUGUGUUCAAAGCCUCCAAGCCAGGAGGGGGAGCCAGUCUGAAGUGGUUUGGUGCUAUGCAGCAGAGAGGAACAGUUCUGUUUCUUACAUCUAUUCAGGCAGCCAUCUGCACUACCUGGCUUGUCUCUUCCUCUCCAACUCCACAUAAAAACACCCAAUACCACAAUGAUAAGAUUGUUUAUGAGUGUGCAGUGGGGUCCACUGUUGGUUUUGCAGUGUUAUUGGGUUAUAUUGGCAUGCUGGCUGUCCUCAGUUUUCUAAUUGCAUUUCUGGUGAGGAAUCUCCCUGAUAGUUUUAAUGAGGCCAAGCUCAUCACAUUCAGCAUGCUGAUCUUCUGUGCUGUGUGGGUGGCCUUUGUUCCUGCUUAUGUCAGCUCACCAGGAAAACUUGCAGAUGCAGUGGAGGUGUUUGCCAUCCUGGCUUCAAGUUUUGGACUUUUGAUCACACUGUUUGGACCCAAAUGUUACAUAAUCCUGUUGAGACCAGAGAUGAACACAAAGAAAUCUAUUAUGGGUCGUGGCAUUGAGUCAUAAACAGUUCACUAAUUUCAAAAGAAAGAAAAGAGAAAAAUUUCACUCUCCAGUUUUUGCUCCAGACAGAAAAAAAAUGUGUAUUUAAAUACAUUUAAUAUUCCUUUUAAAUCCUUUUAAAGCUUGGUGCUAGUGUCACAUGACUGCAAAUGUACAAAUAUCAUGAUUCAUUCAUGAGUCAGUAAUAUGUAAUUACUGACUCUGUGAUGCUUACUGGUGAAAUUUAACCCCAAUAUAAACAUACAGAUUGUUGAUUUUGAUUGAUAUUUAAAUCAAUUUAAUAUUCCUUUUAAAUCUUGGCGCUGGUGUCACGUGAUUGCAAAUGUACAAAUAUUGUGAUGAAUUCUACUUUCAAUGAUUUUUUAAGAUGCAGCUAAAGUACGCACUAAUCAUACUCUUAAUAUGUAAUUACCUACUCAUUGAGGCUUACUCGUGAAAUGUAACCCCAAUUUAAACAUACAGAUUGUUGAUUUUUUUUGUUUAAUUAAAAAAAAUAUUGUUCCUGUAAAUGCAUACUGAUUAGGGUUCAAUUACAUCAUCCAAUCAAUUUCUGCAUCCUAAUGAACUUUGAAUUAAUCCAUUAAAAAUACAUAGGAGGUGGAUCUUCCCCCUUCACCAGCUUGAAUAAAGUUGACAUCGUUUUUCACCUAACUGCAUUUCAUGUAAAUUGCUAGAGAGUGGGCACACAGUCUAACUAGAAGAAAAUUUUUGACACAUUUAACCAGAUAUUUUUUGAUAAACUGGAAAGGUAUGCGAUGAGAGAGGUGGCAUUGGACUGGGUAAGGAGUUAUUUAAUAAACAAGCGACAACUUAUGAAUCAAACCAAUGCUCAAUCAUCAAAAGUU